CUGCUCGCUCCUGCCUGCGACAGCACAGCAGUGGUGUGGUCGCUUUAACGCACGUUAACGGAAACGAAAAACACUCUGUACGUAGUGAAGGCCUCUGCCACUCUGAAGACCCUGUUGCAGCCACAGCGACGGAUAUAAACACACACUAUACGUACUGGUAACCUUAGUUCCGUUUUUUUUUUUAAUUUAACAGCGUUGUAAAGAAAAACAGUCCGUCUUCAUAAUGGCGACAGCUGCGGUGUCUGCCCCUGCUGGCAGCGGCCCCUGCCCCGGGACUGGAACGGAGCUAGUCCGCGGGCAGGCCUUCGACGUCGGGCCUCGGUACAGCAACCUCUCCUACAUCGGGGAGGGAGCCUACGGAAUGGUGUGCUCUGCCUACGACCGGGACAACAAGAUCCGUGUGGCCAUUAAGAAGAUCAGCCCCUUUGAGCACCAGACGUACUGCCAACGCACCCUGAGAGAGAUUAAAAUCCUGCUGCGCUUCAAACAUGAGAACAUCAUCGGAAUCAACGAUAUCAUCCGCACACCGACCAUCGACCAGAUGAAGGAUGUAUAUAUUGUCCAGGAUCUCAUGGAGACAGACCUGUACAAGCUUCUGAAGACUCAACACCUGAGCAAUGACCACAUCUGCUACUUCCUCUACCAGAUCCUCAGAGGACUCAAGUACAUCCACUCUGCCAACGUCCUGCACCGCGACCUUAAGCCCUCCAACCUUCUGCUCAACACCACCUGUGAUCUCAAGAUCUGUGACUUUGGUUUGGCUCGUGUGGCUGAUCCUGACCACGAUCACACUGGUUUCCUAACAGAGUAUGUUGCCACUCGGUGGUACCGAGCACCUGAGAUCAUGCUGAACUCUAAGGGCUACACCAAGUCCAUAGACAUCUGGUCAGUGGGUUGUAUCCUGGCUGAGAUGUUGUCCAACAGGCCAAUCUUUCCAGGAAAGCACUACUUGGAUCAGCUUAACCACAUUUUGGGGAUCCUGGGAUCUCCUUGUCAGGAGGAUCUCAACUGCAUCAUCAACAUUAAGGCCAGGAACUAUCUUUUGUCACUGCCCGCACGCUGCAAAGUGCCUUGGAACCGCCUUUUCCCCAACGCAGAUCCCAAAGCUCUGGACCUGUUGGACAAGAUGUUGACCUUUAACCCUCACAAGAGGAUCGAGGUGGAGGAGGCCCUGGCGCAUCCCUACCUGGAGCAAUAUUACGACCCCACAGAUGAGCCUGUUGCUGAGGCCCCCUUCAAGUUUGACAUGGAGCUGGAUGACCUACCCAAAGAGACACUGAAGGGGUUCAUCUUUGAUGAAACUGCACGUUUCCAGCCCGGCUUUAGGUCCUAACGUCUCACACAGAUGAUUCUGUGACUGGCUUCUGCGUUGCCACUGCUCCUCCCUGCCUCCACACUGUUGCUGUGAUGGGUUUUUUCUUCUUCUUUUUCUCCCCCCCCCCCCCCCUCCCCCCCCCCCCCCCCCCCCCCCCCCUCCUGUUGUCCACAUCACCUGGAUUCCUUGGGUCUCACUCGUCAAGUCCACUUUGCUCAGGAAUGGCAUCAGGAAUCAAUCAAUCGAUCAUCCUCUGUAUCUCUUUCUUUCUCUCUCUCUCUCUCUCUCUGAGGUGAAGGGGUAGGGGAGAGGAAGGAAGGGGGUAUUCACAUCACAGCUUAAAGUUUGGGGGUGGGGUGAUUUUGUGUUUUAAGCCAAGAUAAACAAUUUGUGUGUGUGUGUGUGUGUGUGUGUGUGUGUGCGUGUGUCUCAAAGGCGUUUGGCUCUGGCUAUUCCUAUUCUAGACCUUCUCUGUCUGGUUGAAUGGCAGUGAUAGAUUAGCUGUUGUGUUUUCAGUGCCGCUGUUGUUGUUAUAACUCUGCCUACAUUGCACAAACAACAGAAGAUUACUUAUGAGAAUCAUCAUUAAAUUAAAAGGUCUUUCAGAUUUUCUAACCUCUGUCGCACUGUUACAAGGGAUACCUUGGUCUCGAUCUUUAUUCUCUCUUUAGAAAAAAAAUCCCAUAUUGAUUUAUGCAAUGAAAUCACAUUAUCAGCCAGAUACUUUCGAGGCCACAAGCUGUCACUUGGUGUGGAUGAGGAUCUAUAGUUUAACCAAGACCUUGUACUUUAAUUCUUGACACACAUACAAAAGCCCAAAUGCAAAUAUAUACAUAUGAAUAUAAAAAAAAUCAUUAUAAAUAUAUAUAUACACAGCCCAAAGAGUCUUAACAUAUAAUGAAGGCAGGAGUGAAGAUAGAAGGUGAGACAAAUAAGUUUAUAACCUUUCUUUUCUCUGUAUUCUAAACGUAAAAAACGCCCAUUUUCAUUUCUUGCCGGCUUCAGUAAGAUGUCAGUUUGUGUAUAAAUGCGUAUAAUUGAAAGGUUUCCCUAUCAGUGUCUGCCUUAGCCAUAAGAAACUAAAAGGAAAAGUCUGUUUAUCUCAUACAAGUCUGUAUGUACAGUCAAAUAUGUUCUUUAAAGGUUCAAUUAACUGUGUCAGGACAAGAACUCAGUGAUCAGAUUGGAUCCUGUGUGUCCGGAGAAAAAUGUCGCCAGGCCUCCUUCUUUGUCCUGUUUCAUGGUUUCUCUUUCUUCUGUCUCUGUUAAUCUCUCGCCUUGUUAAAAAAAAACAAAAAAAACUGUGCCCUUUGCAUGACUGUUAAAAGCUCGGUAUACAAAGACGACCAUGUUAAAGUGCCACACGCGCCAGGCCGCCCAGGCUCUUUGUGUUCCACCUUUUGUGGUAUAUCACACGUUAACUAAUCACAUGGUGCUUUUUGUUGUCUUUCUUUAGCUUCAGCACUCAUUCUUCCGUUUCCAUCCAAGCUCCAUCUGCAUGCUGACGUCAUCAUGUGGUUGCAAAUAGGAGAAUAACUAUAAACUGCUUGUAUUUAUUACAAUUGCAAAACAUACAAAUGUGUUUUUUCCCAACCUGAGAGAGUAAAAAAUAAUACUCAAACGGUAUCACAUCAUGUUUUCUGUUUAAUCCAUAGGCCAUAUCAUUGGGUGAGCCAGACAGCUGCAGUAGAGUUUAUGUAAAGCAGAGCUUAAGUUAAAACCUAUUUUGAAUCCUUUUCAGUAACUACGAAAUGAAGACUGUUGAAUUUACACAUUUUCUUUUUAAAGAGGAGGAUUUAUGACUUUCAAGAUUCUAUAUGUUGUAACAGACAAGCCAGAAGCACUGAGCUUCAUCAAACAACUUGAUCUUAGUAUCACUGCAGCAUCCAACAGCUGUCUUUUCAUGUUGAACACAACAGGGCCUCAAAUAGACAUCGUUCACCUAGGCUAGCAUCGUCAUUGACUAAUGCGUGGCUGAUAGAAUUAUGGAACAAAAAACAGUAUUAUUAAGACAUUAAAGCAUUUUUAAGUACAAUACUGUCAACAUCUAUUUAAAUCAAUUGUUUUUUAGAAUCUGUCUGCUGGCACUUCAAAUUAAGAUUUUAAUGACAAAUUGGAACAACUAUCGACUGCUUAGGUUGAUUUACAAAAAAACCUCAACAGUUGUUUUGUGGGAUAGAAAAUGCCCAAGCUGUAAGCUCAAGAUCUUUAUGUUUCUGUCAGAUGUUAUUUACCUUAAAUUCAACUUUUUGUACUCCUUGAAACAUGUGUUUCUCUGAGGGCCAAGAUGCUCUGUCAGAUUCAAUCACAGUGGACAGAGCCAAAGAACCAGUUAAACGUCAUGUUGUUGUUUUUUACUUCUGAUUAAUGUCGACUCAGACCGAGUAGGGGCUAACAGAGCGCACUAAAGCUCUGCUGUUACACUCUCAAGCCAUAAUGGGUCAGUCUGUAAGUCUGCUGCACCUCUGACCACGCCCACCCAGUGACGUCACCAUGUACUGACACACCCAUGAGUUACACAUCUACAUCACUGCAGCCAAGUGAGACUUUAAACCACUGAAAGUUAGCAAGUCUGGAUUUAAGGACGUUACAUGUACCUAACU